AUGUCUGAAAAUAGUGACCCCCAGCAUUACCUUUAUUCAACCCUGGACGGGCGGGAGCGGUCCCGUGAAAGAGUCGGCCUUCAGGCGCAGGAAGAAGAGGUCACCCCCUGCUCCGCCAUCAGCCAACUUCACCGUAUGGCUAACAGUUACAGUGAAGGUUGUGGCAGGAGGGAUGGGGUUGAAUUGGAACCAGAGCUGGGCUUGGCCUCAGAGGGUAGUGACAGCAGUCACGAGCACCCCGCAUCGCCAGGUUCUCCCCACGAUGAGAGAAAGCGGACUCACUUGCAUGAAGAUGUAGAGAUGGCAGGCUCCAGUGGGAGUGGGACAGAAUCCCACGGCAAUGAAUCACAUGGAAAUGAGUCUCACGGCAAUGAAUCUGUGGGCAGUUCAAAUGGAAAUGGGAAAGAUUCCGCUCUCCUGGAGUCAUCGGGAAGCAACAAGAGCUCAAAUUCUCACAGCCCUUCACCACCAAGCAGCUCCAAUGCCUUCAGUUUGGUGAGCUCUGAACAGGACAACCCAUCUACUAGUGGUUGCAGCAGCGAACAGUCGGCUAAAGCCAAGACACAGAAGGAGCUCUUCAAGACCCUUAAGGAGCUGAAAAAACAUUUACCAAUGGAAAAGAGGAGCAAGGGCAAGUCGACCACUGUCAACACACUCAAAUAUGCUCUGCGGUGUGUGAAGCAGGUGAAAGCCAAUGAGGAGUAUUACCAGAUGCUCAUGAUCAACGACAGCCAACCUCCUGGUUUUGAAGUGUCGUCCUACACAAUUGAGGAAAUCAACAGCAUCACUUCUGAAUACACCCUUAGAAACACUGAUAUAUUUGCUGUGGCCGUCUCACUAAUCACAGGGAAAAUAGUUUACAUCUCAGAUCAGGCUGCAACCAUUUUAAACUGCAAGCGUGAAGUGUUCCAUAAUGCCAAGUUUGUGGAAUUCUUGACACCUCAGGAUGUCAGUGUGUUCUAUAGCUUCACUACACCAUACCGCUUGCCCUCAUGGAGCAUGUGCACCGGAGCAGAGUCGUCUCCCACGGAGUGCAUGCAGGAGAAAUCCUUCUUUUGCCGCAUCAGUGGCGGAAAGGAACACUAUGGGGAUAUGCAGUACUAUCCCUUCCGCAUGACUCCUUACCUAAUGAAAGUUCAAGAUGCGGAAUUGUCUGAGGAGCAAUUCUGCUGCCUCCUACUGGCAGAGAGGGUACACUCUGGUUAUGAAGCACCAAGAAUCCCUCCUGACAAGCGCAUCUUCACCACUACGCACACACCUAACUGCGUUUUUCAGGAUGUGGAUGAAAGGGCUGUUCCACUGUUGGGUUACCUCCCCCAGGACUUGAUAGGGACACCUGUUCUACUCAAUCUGCACCCAAGCGACAGGCCAAUUAUGCUUGCCGUGCACCGCAAGAUUUUGAAGUAUGCUGGUCAGCCAUUCGACCACUCCUCGAUUCGCUUCUGUGCAAGAAAUGGGGAAUACAUUACAAUUGACACCAGCUGGUCCAGCUUUGUAAACCCCUGGAGCCGCAAAGUUUCCUUUGUCAUUGGGAGGCACAAAGUCCGCAUGGGUCCUAUGAAUGAAGAUGUGUUUGCAGCUUUGGCCUUUAAUGAAGGGAAGAUGAUGGACUCCGACAUUCAAGAAAUUAGUGAGCAGAUCCACAGGCUACUCCUACAACCGGUUCACAAUAUGGGAUCCAGUGGUUAUGGUAGCCAUGGCAGCAAUGGCUCCCAUGAACAACAGGUGAGCAAUGGCUCAUCCAGCGAAAGCAACGGGAAUGUGAUGGUGGGGAACACCGCUGAGGAGACGAGUAAAGCCAAGCCCACCAGAACAUUCCAGGAGAUUUGUAAGGGAGUUCACAUGCUGAAGAAUCAGGACUCACAGAUUUGCCUGCGCUCCCCUCCCCCAUCACCUGCCCCAUAUCCAUCCAAACCUGAAAAGAAAAACACAGAUGCAGUGUCUCAGAAGAGUCCAUUGGUACGUCUGAAAGACUCUGCACCAAGAGAUAGUACUGCAGCUAGCAUGGAUGAAUUCACCUUCAAAGACCAAACUGUCUGCUCUUACCAGCAGAUUAGCUGCCUUGACAGUGUUAUCCGUUAUCUGGAGAGUUGUAACAUCCCCAUAACUGUAAAGAGGAAAUACCAGUUUUCUUCAAACACCACCUCUUCCAACUCUGAUGAUGGCAAGAAAUGUACAGAGGACACUGUGCAAGCACCUGGCGGUUCAAACACAGAUUCUUUGUUGCUCGAGGGCCAGCCUGGAUUGUCAAACAUGAAAGUGCUCAAGAAGUCCGAGGCAGCAGUGGUUGGUGCGCCAAUGGGCCCCCUUCCCUUACCGAGCAAGGCAGAAAGUGUUGUGUCAAUCACAUCUCAGUGUAGCUAUAGCAGCACCAUUGUGCAUGUGGGAGACAAGAAACCUCAACCGGAGUCUGAAAUAAUCGAGGAUGUGGCUGAAAGCCCAGCCCCCCCUGCCCCACACGUUAGUCUGGUGUCUCCGGUGAGCCAGGAGAAAGAGGCCUAUAAGCGGCUGGGACUAACCAAACAGGUGCUGGCGGCUCACACGCAGAAGGAAGAGCAGGCCUUUCUCAAUCGCUGCCGAGAACUUUGUAAAGCCAGGACUUUCCAGAAGGACUAUUCCACGCAUUUGCACAGGCAAAAGGGGCCAGUCAAUCCUGGAGAACCAUCGGGAGUACAAGGUGCUGCUAAGCAGGGCACCACCAGGCCAGAGAUUACCGCCAAAAAGGGCAACCGCAAUAGAAAGUCCAAGAAGCCACGCAUGAAGCAUCCUGAUUCGUCAGACAGCGCUGUGUCAAACCGCAAACCCCGCCCCCCUCUCCAGGGUCUCAACCAAACGUCAUGGUCCCCGUCGGAGGCAUCCUUGUCAGCUUUUAAUGUGUCCUACCCGACAAUGGUGCCAGCAUACCAGCUCUACCCACCGGCACCUGCUGCGCCUGCACAGGUCACCCUUCCUGACCCUUCCCUUUCGACAGGUUUUGUAGAAGCCCAGAGCACCCAAGUCCCUCCCACUGCCACUCCUUUUCCCGCACCCAUCGUUACGCCUAUGGUGGCCUUGGUGCUACCAAAUUACCUCUACCCACAAAUGGGACCCCUGGGCCAAAUGGGACCUGCUCAGAGACCAGCGUUUUUCCUAGAGCAGACCCAGACGCAACCUCAGUUUAAUGCCCAGCAGCCCUUUCAACCUGCGCAGCCAGCGUACACCCUCCAAACACAACCUCCGUUCACCAGCCAACAGAUUUUCACUGUGCCUACUGCCUUUCAAUCCCAGCAGCCUUUCCAGGCUCGCCCUACGACCUACCCUGCCCAGCAGCCCUUCACUGCCCAGCCCACUUUUUCAGUCCAGACUCCGUUUGUCACGCAAGCCCCGUAUCCAGCGCAGCCCUUCCCAUAUGGCCUGAACACCCAACCUCCUAAAGCUCCAGGUUUGGAGCCAAGGGAGGGGGCAGCUUCACGCUCCUCAACCCCGGCAUCUGGUGCACGUGAGCGUACCACGUCACCGACACUGUUCGAGUCUCGGUGCAGCUCGCCUCUGCAGCUCAAUCUACUCAGCAUGGAAGAAGGCCAGCGCUCUGUGGAACGCCAGGAUAUUACAGCGGCCUCUGCUGGACCCCAGGUAGCCAGCGCAACACCAUGUUCAGUUACAGCUGGAGAUGCAGGGCAAAAGGCCAAGGCUGAAAAUCUUCAGGUUGAGUCACCAGAAGAAGGCGCACGCAGUGAUGGCCACUCAUCUUCCUGUGACCUCCUGGAUAUCCUCCUCCAAGAGCAGGAGGAUUCUCACUCUGGCACUGGUUCAGCAACAUCUGGCUCCAUGGGCUCCGGAUCAGGAUCGGGGUCUGGCUCAGGAUCAGGCUCUGGUUGCAAUGGAUGCGGCACAUCGGCUAGCGGCGCUUCAGGGAGCAGAACAGGGAGCAGCAACACAAGCAAAUACUUUGGCAGUAUUGAUUCUUUGGAACACGACCCCAAGACUAAAACCAGAGACAAAGCAAGAAGCGAAGGAGACUCUGACGGUGGCCAAUCACAGGCCAAUGUGUCAGGCAAAGGCGAGAGAGAGCAUUUUAUUAAAUAUGUUCUCCAGGAGCCCCUUUGGCUGCUGAUGGCCAACGCAGAUGACAAGGUCAUGAUGACCUAUCAAAUGCCAUGCAGGGACAUUCAGAAGAUUCUGCGGGAAGACAAGGAGCGACUAAGACAGAUGCAGAAGAGCCAGCCCCACUUCUCGUCAGACCAACGCAGGGAACUGCUGGAGGAACACCCGUGGAUGAGAAGAGGGGGUCUACCUGCUGCUAUCAAUGUGAAGGAGUGUCUGUACUGCAAGGAUGCCGCAGAGGACCACAUUGAGGAGAGCCUUCCUGAAAUGGACAUGGGGGAGAUAGAUGAGGAGUUGAACCAAGAGUGUGAAAACGCUCAGAGCCAGUCAGAGGAGCCGCAGCCCAAACUGGACUCUGGCUCAUGA